GAUGGUGUUGUUCUAACUGUGAAUGACGGACUGAAUUAAUGUUUGAGCAGGUUUUCAAGCCUUUGAAAGCUGAGACAUUCGAAGAAGAUGGCAUUUUGGUUUUGGAGUUUGGAGAGACACUUCCGACUGGGCCGGGAGUUUUGGCCAUUGGGUUUGAAGGAAUUUUGAAUGACAAGAUGAAGGGGUUCUAUAGAAGUACAUAUGAGCAUAAUGGUGAGAAGAAAAAUAUGGCAGUUACCCAGUUUGAACCUGUUGAUGCCAGGCGGUGCUUUCCCUGUUGGGACGAACCUGCUUGGAAGGCUACGUUCAAGAUUACAUUGGAUGGUGUUCCAUCUGAAUUAGUAGCCCUUUCCAACAUGCCGGUUGUUGAAGAAAAAGUGGAUGGACAUCUGAAGACAGUUUCAUAUCAGGAGACACCAAUUAUGUCUACAUAUUUAGUGGCUGUUGUUGUCGGAUUGUUUGACUAUGUUGAAGAUCAUACAUCAGAUGGAGUCAAAGUGCGCGUAUAUUGUCAAGUUGGUAAAGCAAACCAAGGGAAACUUGCUUUGAACGUUGCUGUCAAAACACUUGAAUUGUACAAAGAAUACUUUGCUGUACCAUACCCUUUGCCCAAAUUGGAUAUGGUUGCAAUUCCUGAUUUUUCUGCUGGGGCCAUGGAGAAUUAUGGUUUAGUUACAUACCGUGAAACAGCUUUGCUCUUUGAUGAACAGCAUUCUGCAGCUGCCAACAAGCAAAGGGUUGCAACUGUGGUGGCACAUGAAUUGGCCCACCAGUGGUUUGGAAAUCUUGUAACAAUGGAAUGGUGGACACAUUUAUGGCUGAAUGAGGGAUUUGCAACUUGGGUGAGCUAUUUAGCUGCUGAUAGCCUAUUCCCUGAAUGGAAAAUAUGGACUCAGUUUCUUGAUGAAUCUACUGAAGGUCUUAGGCUGGAUGGGCUCGAAGAAUCUCACCCUAUCGAGGUGGAGAUAAAUCAUGCUUGUGAGGUGGAUGAAAUAUUUGAUGCUAUAAGCUAUAGGAAAGGUGCUUCUGUUAUUCGGAUGCUACAAAGCUAUCUUGGUGCUGAACCCUUUCAGAGGUCACUGGCUUCAUAUAUAAAAAAGCAUGCCUACUCGAAUGCAAAAACAGAAGAUCUAUGGGCUGCCCUGGAGGAAGGAUCUGGUGAACCUGUGAACAAGCUAAUGAAUUCAUGGACAAAGCAACAAGGUUACCCAGUUGUUUCCGUCAAGGUCAAAGAUCAGAAAUUGGAGUUUGAACAGACACAAUUCUUGUCAAGUGGUUCUGAAGGCACUGGGCAAUGGAUCGUGCCGAUAACAUUAUGCUGUGGCUCAUAUGAUGUACGCAAAAGUUUCCUACUACAAACAAAGUCCGAAAGUCUGGACAUAAAGGAAUUUCUGGGUUGCUCAGUAGCGGAGACUGGAAGCACAUGCAAUAAAAACAAUGGACAAUGUGGUUGGAUAAAGCUCAAUGUGGAUCGGGCAGGUUUUUACAGGGUGAAAUAUGAUGAUAAACUUGCAGCUCAAUUAAGAAAUGCGAUAGAGAAGAAAUACUUGUCUGCAACUGACAGAUAUGGCAUCUUGGAUGAUGCAGCUGCCCUUACUACGGCUCGCAAGCAGUCUUUUGUCUCAUUGCUUACCUUGUUGGGUGCUUACAGAGAGGAACUUGACUACACAGUGCUUUCAAAUCUGAUUACUGUAAGUUAUAAGCUGAAAAGAAUUGCUGAUGAUGCUGUACCUGAGCUAGUGGAUCUCCUUAAUCAGUUCUUUAUUGGCCUUCUCCAGUACCCUGCAGAGAAGCUUGGUUGGCAACCAAAACCGGGCGAGAGCCAUUUAGAUGCAAUGUUGAGAGGAGAACUUUUGACUGCCCUUGUUUCAUUUGGACAUGAUCUAACAAUUGAUGAAGCAAUCAAGCGGUUUAAUGCCUUCUUAGAUGACAGAAAUACAUCACUCCUUCCUCCUGACAUAAGAAGGGCAGCAUAUGUGGCUGUAAUGCAACGAGUAACUGCAUCUAACAGAUCGGGCUAUGAAUCUCUUCUUAGAGUUUACAGAGAGACUGAUCUAAGCCAGGAGAAGACCCGCAUUUUAGGUUCACUAGCAUCGUGUCCAGAUCCUGACAUAAUACUUGAAGUUCUCAACUUUUUGUUGACUAAAGAGGUUCGUAGUCAGGAUGCUGUCUUUGGACUAGCUGUUGGUAGUGAAGGACGAGAAACAGCUUGGACGUGGCUGAAGAAUAACUGGGAGCACAUCUCUAAGACCUGGGGUUCUGGAUUUCUGAUUACUCGCUUUGUCAGUGCAACCGUCUCACAUUUUGCUUCCUUAGAUAAGGUAAAGGAAGUGGAGGAAUUCUUUGAAGCUCAUCCCAACUCCGCCAUAACUAGAACCCUGAAGCAGAGCAUUGAGCGGGUAAAGAUCAACGCCAAAUGGGUUGAGAGCAUCCAGGGUGAGAAGAAUCUUGCCGAUGCUGUGACGGAGUUGGCAUACAGGAAAUACUAGAUUGCAUGUUGGGCUUGAAGAGUGAAUUUCUCUAAUCAUGUCAUUCGACUAUAAAUAAAGGAACAUUAGCAAAUUGAUAAUAAUGUACUUAUGGAUUUUUAAUUUAAUAUCUGAUUCGAUAAUGUAGCACUGUUCUUAUUUUUCUCUCCAUACGAUAUGAUUUGAUAAAUGACCUCCUUUUAGUUGA